CUGGGCUUGGCUUGGCUGUCCCAGCACUCGGCAGGCAGGCAGGGUGCCCAGUCUCCUCCCAGUUUCCCCCCAGAUGCCUCUGACUCUGAAGCUGAAGGCGGCGUGAGAAGGUGAGCAGGACACUGGCUACAUCAUGAAAGCCCCACAACGGGCAUCGGGACGCACCGACCAGAUGCUGGGGGCUAUGGGGGAUAUCCUGACAUCGCUGGCGCUGCCCAGCCAACAGUGGCUGCCAGACCUGUGUUCCCAAGAGCAAGGAGCCGAGAUGCAACCUGAGGCCAGCAGCAGCACUGAGGCUUCAGAGGUCGCCAAGGAACAGCAUCAAGUGGUGGAGCCCAUCCAGCAUGAAGCCUUGGCAUCGGGGGCCCCUGGAAUCCAGACAACGACAGAAGAUCCUUACUCCAUUGCAGGCAGCGAUGGCAGCAUCUCAGCCUCCGUGGCCUCGAUCCAGCCGCAGGCAUCCAGCAGCUCAGCUCCCAGCUCCCCUGCCUCCCGCCACUCGGUCAGCACCCUCAAGAAAUGGCUGACCAAUCCUGUACGCAAGCUGAGUGCCGGUGGGCUCCCUCGAGGUGAACGCCCACUCAGGAAACCAGAGGGCCGGACGCGGCGACAUGGGCGCCAAGAGGAACGCAAGAGCAUCGACUUGGGCCUCCUGAGCCAAGGGGAGGAACCGUUUGCUGGCCCACGGGUCUCAGUCAGCACGGAUGGCAACACUCAUCUCCCAGACCUCUCCCUACUUUCCAACCAGCUCGAAGGGGAUGGCUCAGGAAGACAGACUCAGGCUCUUGACCCUCCUCUGCUCCCCAGUGACCCCCAAAGCCCUGGAGCCCCCUCGGAGCCUCUUGCGCAGCCCCCAGCCUCUGAGGAACAGGAAGAGGAGGAGAGGCGCAGUGCCUUAGAAAAGAGUAUGUUUGUUCUCAGGGAGUUGAUUGAGACGGAGAAGAUGUACGUGGAAGACCUGGGCCAGAUUGUGGAGGGCUACAUAUCAACCAUGAAGGCCCGUGGUAUCCCUGAGGGUAUGAAGGGCAAGGACAAGAUAAUCUUUGGGAACAUCCACCAGAUCUACGAUUGGCACAAAGAUUAUUUACUUAAGCAGCUAGAGAAAUGCCUAGAGGAUCCUGAUCUACUGGCUGAGCUGUUCAUAAAGCACGAGCGCCGUUUGCACAUGUAUGUUGUUUACUGUCAGAACAAACCCAAAUCUGAGCAUAUUGUGUCCGAGUUUAUUGACACAUACUUUGAGGAACUGAAGCAAGAACUGGGGCACCGCUUGCAGCUCAAUGACUUGCUCAUCAAACCUGUACAGCGGAUCAUGAAAUACCAGCUGCUUCUCAAGGAUUUCCUGAAGUACUAUGGCAAAGCUGGCAAGAACACAGAGCAGCUGGAGAGAGCUGUGGAGGUGAUGUGUUUCGUUCCCAAGCGCUGCAAUGACAUGAUGAACGUGGGGCGUCUUCAGGGCUUUGAGGGGAAGCUGACGGCACAAGGGAAGCUUUUGCAACAAAACACCUUCUGGGUGACUGAGCAGGCAUGCGGGAUCCUGGCCCGAGGCCGUGAACGGCGCAUCUUUCUCUUUGAGCAGAUUAUCAUUCUAAGUGAGACUCUGGAGCGGCGGCGGGGUCCAUAUAGUGCUCCAACAUAUGCCUUCAAGAGCAGCAUCAAGGUGAGCUGUUUAGGCCUGGAGCCCAGUGUGGAGAAUGAUCCCUGCAAAUUUGCACUGAUUUCUCGUGGUGCAGAACGAGGCACCAUCCGUUACGUACUGCAGGCAGCAUCGCCGGAGAUCGCCCAGGCCUGGGUGGCCGACAUCAGCCUCAUAUUGGAGACACAGCGUGACUUCCUUAAUGCACUGCAGUCACCCAUCGAGUACCAGCGUCGAGAGAGCAAGACCCAUAGCCUGGGACGAAUGGGAGCCCUGCACCACUCACUGCCCGGUGGUCCUACCCGGCCCUGCUCCUCAGCCUCUAUGGACCAGAAUAAGGGAUCCACCCUCCAGACCCUCAAUGCCUCCCUGCCUUCCCUUUACCUUCCUGGCCCGGUUCAGCCAGAGCAUCUACCAUCUGCUGAGGCACAGCCAUCUCACAGCCAAAGCUCUCCCGGAGUUGGAGUUCGACCAGGUCACAUCCCUUUUGAUGAGAUGCAGCUCUCUGGGAACUCCCAGCAGGAGUCCUUGCAGGAGGCCCCAAGUGAUGACAAUGCCAAACCACUACUCCCAGAUCUGGAUAUCCAUGAAAUCAACUUUCCUCAAGGCUGUGCCCGACUCGCCAAACUUGAUGAAGAUGAGCUGUGACCCAUGGAUUAUGGGACGGCCCCUAUCUGGCCCAGGGACGUAGACUGGCUAUAUCCUCCCCUGUCUUCUCGUGGUGGCUCUGAGGAUGAGAUGCAGCAGCAUUAGGAUGGAAACUGUCUAGCCCUCCUCCAGUCCAGUGCCUAAUGCUGAGAUGCGUCCUGUCAAAGAUUCAGGACCCACACGUUGGACUGGGACCAGGGAGUGCUGCUGGAGGCCCUUCCUUUUCCCACAGACCCCAGUAUAUGCAUGCUGUGGGGUUCUAGGGGCUAUGAAUAAGGACUUUGGGACAAAGGUAUUGGGAUGUGUGAAAUGAGAAUUUUAUUUUGUUUGUUGUAAUAAUAAAGAUUUUAGUUAAAACAAA